AAGGCAAAGGCGAAGGUGGGUGACAUUCAUUAGUGCUUUUGUGACUCACUUCCCAGGGAGCAGGCCCCUGGAUAAAGGUUCCCGGCAGCGUCACCUCCCCGUGGCAGGUGCCCGAGAGCGCGGCACGGCUCUGCCCCCUGUCCCCCCUGGGGAGCCCUCGGCCAUGUCUGCGCUCGUGGCCAGCGUAUCUCAGCGGCAGGCGGCAGCUCACGGUCUUGGCUCCCAGCACAAAGCCGUCAAGUAUUUAGGCCAGGACUUCGAGACCCUGAGGAGGCAGUGCUUGGACUCGGGGGUCCUGUUCAAGGACCCCGAGUUCCCAGCGUGCCCGUCAGCCUUGGGCUACAAGAACCUUGGACCACACUCCCCCCAGACUCGAGGCGUCGUCUGGAAGCGACCCCUGGAGCUGUGUGCCAGCCCUCAGUUUAUCGUUGAUGGAGCCAGGCGCACGGACAUCUGUCAGGGAGACCUGGGUGACUGCUGGCUCCUGGCGGCCCUGGCCUCCCUCACUUUGAACGAAGAGCUGCUUUACCGCGUUGUCCCCAGAGACCAGGAUUUCCAGCAAAACUACGCGGGGAUAUUUCAUUUCCAGUUCUGGCGGUACGGCGAGUGGGUGGACGUGGUCGUGGACGACAGGCUGCCCACCGAGGAUGGGGAGCUGCUGUUCCUUCGCUCCGGGACGGGCGGCGAGUUCUGGGGCGCCCUGCUGGAGAAGGCCUACGCCAAGCUCAACGGCUCCUACGAGGCUCUCACUGGAGGGUCUCUGGUGGAGGGGUUGCAGGAUCUCACAGGCGGCAUCUGUGAGUGUUAUGACCUGAGGAAGCCUCCGGCCGGCCUGUUUCAGAUCAUCCGGAGGGCCCUCCGCGCGGGGUCUCUGCUGGCCUGCUCCAUUGAUGUCUCCAGUGCAGCUGAGGCAGAAGCAGAGAGCACAACCUGCCAGAAGCUGGUGAAGAGCCACGCGUACUCGGUCACUGGCGUCGAAGAGGUGGAUUUCUGGGGCCGUCCCGAGAAGCUGGUCAGACUCCGGAACCCGUGGGGCGAAGUGGAGUGGACGGGGGCGUGGAGUGACAGUGCACCAGAGUGGAAUCACAUCGAUCCCAGGCGGAAGGAGGAGCUGGACAAGAGAGCCGAGGACGGGGAGUUCUGGAUGUCAUUUUCGGAUUUCUCGAGGCAGUUCUCCCGGCUGCAGAUCUGCAGCUUGUCCCCGGACUCCCUGAGCGGUGACCAGCUGCACAAAUGGAACCUGGUCCUGUUCAACGGCCGCUGGACGCGGGGCCCCACCGCCGGGGGCUGCCCGAGCUUCCCAGCCACUCACUGGACCAAUCCCCAGUUCAAAAUCCACCCGGACAAGGUGGAUGACGGCCAGGGGGGGCUCGGCGAGCCCCGCUGCACGGCGCUGCUGGGUCUGCUGCAGAAGAAUCGCAGGCGACGGGAGAGGACAGGAUAGGGCCUGCUCAGCAUCGGCCUCAGUGUCUACAAGGUCCCCAAAGACGUAAGCAAGCACCUGCAGAGGCGUCUUCCUCCCACACCAUCCCGAGAGCUGCUGACCUUGGCAGGUGGCAAAGACCAGCCCGUGCCUCGGUCCAAGGCCGCAGACCCCGGCCAGGUCCGCCUGCCUGCUGGCUCCCAGAUGCGGGUCAGUGGCUGUGGGCGUCACGUGGGACCAGUGCAAGGUGGGGAGCCCACAGCUGUUCCCAGGAAGGAUGGCGACAAUGACGCUCUGCCCUUGGCUGUGGCCCUGCUGGCUGCACCCCUAGCAUUCUCUGGCCCAGAAUAUGACAGUUCACGGGGGCGGGGGGGUCCUAAGAGCGCCUUUGACCUCGGACCCAGAGUCCGGGCCUGCCACUCCUCAGGUCAGCCAUCCCCAGGUCCCCAGAUCAGACCGGGCGAACAAACUCUCGAGCCCCGUCCCCCACUAUGCUCCCCGAUUCUCCGCACACUGACCCUGACCUGCUUUGUGCAACAGCAGAGCCCAGCCGACGCGCCCCCGGUCCGGAACUUCUUCCUGGGCCGCCAGCCCACGGCCGGCUCCGACUGCAGCUGCCCCCGGGGGAACCUGCUGGUGCGGCCCUUCCAGGACAGCGACUUCUGCCUGAGGGUGUUCUCGCAGGGCAAGGCCACAGCCCUGUGAGCGUCCUGUCCCUCU